UGAGAAGUCGCCUGAACCGCUGAGCAGUGCCCCGGGUCUCCCACUCUCUCUCUGAAAGUUUACAAGUCAUCCGUUCAGGACAAGGACGGGGGAACACCGCAGAGGACCGCGAGACCCCAGGAAUUCAGGGUCCCUGACUUUGUACCAAUCAGCAGCGCUAGAGAAGGACUCCCAGGCAGCCUGAGGUCUCACCGAAGAGGCUAGCCCAUUGUUCCGCCGUCUCCGGGAAUUCCAGAAGGUCAGGUGAACGGCAGCGCGGAACUCCGGGGCGCCUCUGAACCAGCCGGAGAGGCAAAGGACUGCUGCUGGGGCAUCGUACUGCGGAUAAGCUGAAUUGUUGCCUGGACCCGGACCCAAGUGGCCAGCAUGCCCCCCCCCCCGCAACACCGCCCACCUUCAGGGAGUCUCGGACAGAGUCGCUAGGACCGCGGAGUACACCCGUCAAGAUGUGGAAUCGCAGCGUUGCCUGAGAGCGUAAAAGCCUGCGCUGGGUGUCAUUUACUGGGGGGAACUGACCAGGGAUAGUUCACCAUGCUCAAUGGAUAUACAGUAAAACGGCUUUCAGCAUCCCAGAAAAAGGCCUCUGGAUCCAAAUUUCAAGUCCAACGGAGGCUGCAUCAGUCUGGGCCCAGCCGUGUGUGAGGUGAAAGAGAGAAACAGCAAGAGAGAGAAGAGAGAGUGAAAGAGAGGAAGAGAAGGAGGAGGGAGGGCUCGCCGAUGAUAACCCUGAGUGUACGUUACACGGCUCUCUGGUAGCCACCAUUUUAAAUUGGCCCUCACAGUGCUCCGCGGCGGCUGACUGAGAGUGAAAAUGUGAUGAGAUUUUCUGUCGUCCCCGUAGCAAGCGAGCGUGGAUGGAGGCCGGCGAAGGAGGCGCAUUGCUUAAUGAGACCAUUGCUCUUGUGUUGGGAGGCUUAGGACAGGCAAUUACUGAGGGAUUACCAGCAGAGGCCUCCUCCAGCAGUGCUGCUGCUGCCUCUCCACCACUGCUUACUGCUGGAGCAGGGAACUAAGCAGACACAGCUGGUUACAGUUGGAUUUUUACUAUUUUUGUUCCUAUUUUUCUUGUGGUGGUUGUGGGUUGGAAUUUGUAGUUUUUCUUACGACUGUCUGUCUGUCAUAGUGUUCAUAAUGGAUCAGUCAGGGCGUGUGUGGAAUAAGGACUGGGUCUCUUUCCUCAGGCCGUGGAUACCCAUACUGCUGGGCCUGCACAUGCAGUUCUAUCGGGCGUCCGGCUCCAGCUGCCCAGAGGAGUGCCGCUGUGACAGGACCUUUGUUUACUGUAACGAGAGGAGCCUGGCCUCGGUGCCUCUAGGGAUCGGAGAGGGCUACAAGACCCUCUACCUCCACAACAACCAGAUCAACAAUGCCGGCUUCCCCUUGGAGUUUCACCACGUAGCCUCCAUGGAGACUAUCUAUCUCUACGGCAACCAGCUUGACGAGUUCCCCAUCAACCUGCCCAAGAAUGUGCGGGUGCUGCACCUGCAGGAGAACAACAUCCAGACCAUCUCCCGGACCGCACUGGCCCAGCUGCUGUGGCUGGAGGAGCUACACCUGGACGAUAAUUCCAUCUCCACGGUCGGGGUGGAAGAGGGGGCAUUCAGAGAGGCCGUCAGCCUCAAGAUGCUCUUCCUUACAAAGAAUCACCUGAGCAGCGUCCCUAUAGGUCUACCGGAAGAUCUCAAAGAGCUGCGAUUGGACGAGAACCGGAUCGCGGUUAUCGCAGAGGAGGCGUUCAGGAACGUGACAAGGUUAGAGCGCCUCCUGCUGGAUGGGAACCUGCUGACAGACGAGGGUGUGGCGCCCGGAACCUUCCAGGACCUGGUGACGCUCCGGGAGCUGUCGCUGGCACGGAACUCCCUCACCUACCCGCCCCCGCUGCUCCCGGGGGACGUUCUGGUGAAGCUGAACUUUCAGGAUAAUCAGAUGAAUGAGAUCCCUGUGACGGCCUUCGAGGGACUGAGAAGGCUAGAGAGGCUGGAUAUUUCCAACAACCAGCUGCAGUCCCUGACACAGGGGGUCUUUGACGGCCUCGUCAGCCUCAGACAGCUCACUGUUCGGAACAACCUUUGGCUGUGUGACUGCAGCAUUAACUGGGUCAUACUGUGGUUAAAGUCCCUGCCAACCUCCCUCAACGUGCGCGGCUUCAUGUGCCAGAAGCCUGAGAGGGUCCGUGGCAUGGUAAUCAGAGAGCUGAACACUGAGCUGAUCCAGUGCCCUCGCAGCACCACGGCUUCCCCGCCGCCCAUCCACCUACCCCCCACCUCACAAGGCCUCACCUCCCGCUCCCCUCCCUCCUCCACAGACUCCCCAUUAGACACGCACUCGCUCUCUCCCCCCUCCAGGCUCCCCUCCCCACCCACACAUCACCCCCCUCUCUUUCCCUCCUCCUCUCCCAGAGACGGGGAACAGAGGACUAACCUGCCACCUCUGGACCCAGAGCGGGAGACCCUACAGAUCAAGUUCACCAUACUCAACGGUUCAGCCAUCCACGUCAGCUGGGUGGCCUCCUUCCCUGUCACAGCCUACAAGGUCACCUGGGCCAAGAUGGGUCCUAGCCUGUCUGGAGACACGGUCCGGGAUAGGAUGGUGGGAGGGGAGCACCGGGGCAUACGGCUGGCCAACCUCGAGCCUAAGUCCACCUACCGGAUCUGUGUCAUCCCCUUAGACGCGUUCAAUAACUACCGGCCCAAGGAUGAUACAGUGUGUUCAGAGGCUGUGACUAAGCCGGUCUCCUAUGGUCCAGAUAAUAAUAAAGGUCCGUCGUGGCCGGAGCAGGCAACCCAACAGGACCCCAGCUCUCCCUUCCUCCUGGCUGGCCUCAUUGGAGGCGCUGUGAUCGUUGUCCUGGUGCUUCUCCUCAGCAUAUUCUGCUGGCACAUUCACAAGAAGGACCGGUCAUCCUCGACCAAGUGGAAAUACAACAAGGGCAGGAGAAAAGACGACUACGGAGAGGCAGGGACCAAAAAGGAUAACUCUAUACUGGAAAUGACUGAGACCAGCUUCCAGAUAGUGUCCCUGAACAACGAGCAGCUCCUCAAGGGAGACUACAGCAUACAGCCCAUGUUUACCCCUAAUGGGGGCAUUGGCUUCAGAGAUUUCCCUCUGGGGAACAAUAGCACAGUAUACUGCAAGAACAAUGUUCAAGCAGACGCAGACUUUUGCCAUGCAUGAUGGUUUUGCAUAACAGAGUGCUAUAGAACCCCCUUUGUAUUGACAAAUACACUUAACUACGUACAGUACCGUAUAUAUUUCAUAGACCCCUGUGUCUACAAUGUAAUUUAUACACCGGCUGGACUAUAACGUUGAAUUCAGCUACCUUUUAUAUUCCCUUAGUUAAAAUGAUAAUUAAUUUAUAAGUUAUUUUUUUCUUGAAGUUGUGUUACUCAGUUCUGUGCAGGCAGAUUUGUCCAAUCAGAGUUCUCUCAUCAUUUUAUACUCAGUUUGGUUCUGAUUUGAGCUCCAUAACCACUGGGCCAUUUUGAAGUCAUAUGAUAGCCAGACAGUGUACUCAUUACUACAAAAUUUGCCUAGCCAGUGAUGAAUUUACCAUGCACGGUGUCCAUAACAGAUAUGGCUAUCCCAUGUGUUGGCAAUGGGAAUUGAAAUAAUUGGGGGGUUAUGUAAAUUAGACUUGCUGUGGCAACUCAAUGUAACAGGGAGAACCAAUACAAAACCAGCCAUUCAGGAAAUUAUAUUUGGAGAGAAAUCUUUUCUCACAGUAAGGAUUUGAGAGAGAGAGGAUGGGAGGGACGGAGAGAAGGAGGGAGAGAGAAAGAGAGAGAGAGAAAUAGAGAGAGGUUG